CGUGUCCGACGCAGGUGCGUCCAUGCUAACCGUGUAUCCUGUGUCACGCAUCCCGACCCUUGACCAGACAUUAAGCCAAAAAGGAAGGAGAAAGAUGGAAGGUGGUUGGAGAGAUAGAGACGAAAGGUCGAAAGGUGGGAGAGAGAGAGAAGGUGGAGUGUACUGAAGGAGGAGGAGACAGAUAUAUAUGUAUAUAUAUAUAUAUAUACACAUAGUUUUAUGUAUAUAUACAUAUACAUAUAACUAGGAUAGAAUCGCAAUCCAGAAGCAGCCAACCGACCGUUCUCAGUCGAUCGUUGACAGCUGCGAGCGUCGCGCGACGAGCUCCAAGAGAUACGACGACGUGUCGAUAAAAGAAAAACAAGUCGGUAUAGUGUUUGCGUUAACGAUCGACGGCUUAUAAUCUAUAAUCCAAUUAAAAAAACUUCGUAGAUACGUAAUUGAGGAGGAGGAGGAGUGAGGGAGGAAGUGGUAGAGUAAGUGGUGAAAUAAAAAAAUAAGAAAGAAAAGAGGAGGAACAUAAUUCUGUCAAGUGUGCCAACCCAGUAAGGUGGCGAAGCCAUAUUUGAAGGACCAGAUUUAAACGUUGGACCUUCUGUCAUUAUAUCUAUUUGUUUAACAUCAUAUCCUAUCGAAAAUGCCAAGCAGAGCUUCGUUCACGAGUUUGACCGCCCUCGGUCUCGGCCUCGCCCUGACGGUCUUUCCCUGUACCAUUGUGGCGAUCGAUUUGAGCCGCUUUUAUGGACAUUUCAAUUCGAAAAGUUCAGACGACGCUUGUCAUCCCUAUGAACCAUUUAAAUGUCCUGGCGAUGGUGCUUGCAUCUCGAUACAAUAUUUGUGCGACGGUGCGCCUGAUUGUCGAAAUGGUUAUGACGAAGAUACCAGACUUUGCACGGCAGCUAAACGACCACCUGUAGAAGAGACCGCCAGUUUUCUUCAGUCAUUACUGGCGAGUCACGGACCGAAUUAUCUCGAGAAGUUGUUCGGUAACAGAGCUCGAGACACCCUUAAACCACUCGGUGGUGUCGAUAAAGUUGCCAUAGCAUUGUCUGAAUCACAAACGAUUGAAGAUUUCGGUGCAGCACUUCACCUGAUGCGGUCAGAUUUGGAACACUUACGUUCGGUCUUCAUGGCAGUGGAGAACGGUGAUCUUGGUAUGCUCAAAUCACUUGGUAUCAAGGAUUCCGAACUAGGUGAUGUUAAAUUCUUCCUCGAGAAGCUCGUCAAGACUGGCUUCCUCGACUGAAAAGGCAACUAUUAUAUCAAGGAUAACGAAGUCGUCGCGACGAGGCACGAUCCUAUUGAAAUUCUCUUCUCUUCGAUAAAGAAAAACUUUAGGAUCGUACGUGGUCGCGUCGCAGCCAAUGAUUUUUCUCAUAUUCUCUUCGACUACCUCGUUCCCUCUUUCGAUCAUUUUAUAUCGCUUUUAUUGUUAUUAGCAAUUUCUCUAUGUUUAUGAUUUCUUUUCUCUUUGAGAAAAGUUGUCGAGAUGCUUCUUCUUAUUCGCUUUUCUCUUUUCUUUCAUUUCAUUUCUCUCUCUCUCUUUCUCUCUCUCGUUCUUCUCUCCUUCCUUUGUACAUAUAAUAUUGAUCACCCUCUAUUAUUCGAUGUAAUCGCAACGAAUAUUCGAGAGUAUAUGAAAUGACGAACGGAAAAUAGUUGAAGUUGAAUUCGAAGAUAUGUUCGUGCCUACAUUCUUCUUUUCUUCGCAUACAUCACGUAUGUAAGUUCACGUUUUAUUAUGUAAGGAGGGUGCGUCGAAUGAUGGAUGAAGAUCUUUACUUUUCUUUCUUUUUUUUUUUUUCUUUUAUUUUUUUUUCCUUUUCUUUUUUCUCGAUUCAUACUUUUAUAUAUAUUUGCUCGUUGCUCGACUUUUCCGAUCAUCGAUAUCAGCCGCAACCGAAGCUGUGCUUUGGUUGAUUUAAUUCGUUCUACAAACAUUAUCAAAACGAAUGAAUACCUUCUCAUAUAUAUAUACAUAUAUAUAUACAUAUAUAUAUACAUAUAUAUAUAUAUAUAUAUAUAUAUAUACACGCAUAUAAUGCCGCACGCGUUUGUCGUCUUGUAAAGUCUGUUGUCACGUUUCGUUAUGCGUUAAAAAUACAUAUAUGGCACGAUACGACAUUGUAGCCGCGUCCUAUGUACGAAUAACGUUCUUCAUUUGUUGACAAUGAGUUGUUACUGCUGGAACAGUACGAUGUCCGUACCAAAUUUAUUUUAAGAGCCAGAGUAGAAUUACGAAAUAUUUUGCUUGAUGUCAAGUAUGUUAUUGAGGAUACGUUUUAUCUUAUUUGGAUGAAGUAUAUUCUCAGUAAAAUGAUGCAUGUAUGUAUGUAUGUUUGUACGCGAGCGCGUCCACGUUUGAAAGAGAAAAAAAGGUGCAGAGAAAGAGAGAGAGAGAGAGAGAGAGAGAGAGAGAGAGAGAGAGAGAGAGAGAGAGAUGAAGUAAAAAUCUAUGAAACGUUUAUUUGAAAAUGAUCUCUCUCAUCUCUGCAGUAUAAUUGCGAUGGUAGUAGACGAUAGCUAUCGUAUGUUUAGAUCGAAUUUUUGCUUGAAAGUGGGUACAAAAAUCGAACAUCGUACGCGUUUAUUAUUCAGGGUACGACAGGAGUUUAUUUUAAGGAAAAGGAGAAGGAAGUGUAUAAAGUGCUACCGUACUAAUAUUUUCACUACGGUAAAUGGAAAAAAAAUACAUAUCACUAUAAACAUAUCACUAAUGUAAACGCGAACGAAUUCUCUCGAAAAAUCGUUUUCCAUAUCGUACGACUGUUUACCGAUUAAUCCGUUGAAGUUUCUCGCGAUCGAUCGAUCGGACGUGUUUCCUUUUUAUUUACAAUUCGAAUGAUACGUCAAUCAUAUAUAUAUGGAAUAUAUAUAUAUAUACAUACAUAUAUACAAUAGUUCCAAACGCAAAGCUCCUUCCUGAAGGCAGAUCGUACAUAAGUCCUUGAUAAAGAUUGACAAAUAAAUGAAAAAAAAAAGAAGAAAGAACAAAAUUAAUCAUCAAAAGAAAACAAAUAUAUAUAUAUAUAUAUAUAUAAAAAAUAAUAAAAAGAAAUGCUUAGUAAAUAUUUGAGACCGUAUAUACAUAUAUGAAAACGUGUGAAUAUAUUUUUCGGGAGAAUUCUUUUCAACGAUAACGUAUUUACUUAUUAAGCGUAUCUUCUAGUCAAACAGUCGACAUAUCUUUCACGUAAAAUAAGUAAUUACGUAUGUAUAAUUACGUACAUAUUAUAUUGAAAGAGUCACUUUUAUCAGAUAGUAGAUAUAAUAUUUUGGUAUAAAAAUAUAAUAUAUUCCCUCCAGAUGUCAAUUACGGUCCAAAGUAGGGCCUGGACCGAGGACAAAAUCCGAGGGAACUUGUGUGUUAUAUUAUAAUGAUGAUGUGUAUAUCGGAGGGUCAAGGUGCUCCGACUCUCCGCUAAUGUGUGCCUUGACCCUUUGACCCGACUUCGAUGUAAAUCAUAAUUCCCUGAAGCUACCUAUUUCCCAUAUCCAAACUCUUAUCUAAACUUGAAAUCGAUACGUAAUGUCUUGAAUAGCCACAUGCCAUAAUUGAUAAAUUCGUUUGAACAUUACAAAUGCACGUGCCAUCGUAAUGAAUCGACGAGAAAAAUGAUCCUUCUAUUCUUUUUUUUUCUUUUUUAUUCUUUUAAAUUCAAAUCAAAAUCGAUGUAAAUGUUUUGUCUUCUCUACAUUAUUUCGAUCCGUAAUAACGACAGAUGCGUGAAUGGUUGAUUUAUUCAACAUAUAUUUCUAUUUCCACGAAUGAUAUAUACGCGGUAGCACCUGGACCGAUAAAAUUUACUCUACAAAUACACACACACAAACCCUUCUUUAUUAUUCGCUUUUUAUAUAAAAUGGCACGGUAUUCGCAUUAGCGAUGUGCAUAAUUUAAUCGGAUAAAAGCAAAUAUGUAUACAUGGAAACGCAUGUAAUAUUUAUCAGAUUUCAAUAACUUUGUUAAAUCAAACUAUCUAUAUGUCGUAUACGAGCCUCAUUGUUUCGAAUCGAUUGAAUAUAGAGCGCAAUACGUUUAUGUGCGUCGAAUGCGAUUAAAAAAAAGAAAAAGAAAAAAAAAAAAAGAAAAAGAAAAAAAAAAAGUAAAAGUAUCAAAUGUGCACACUAUAAGUCGAGUCUAUAUUAUUUUUUCAAUUUUAAAUUGUUCUACUGCCAAAGAAUUCUUCUUAUUAUACGGCAUCUGUGGCAUAUCGUACACUUUAAGCGAUUUUGCUUCUUAAAUUUUUUGUACUUCCAUUAAUUGAAUAUAAUAUUAUUCAUGAAAAUAAUUUUAGCGCGCAAUGGGUAUUGAAUAAAGUGAACGUUCCUUCAGUUUUACUUGACAGUUCUAUUACACACACCCGGCACGUCAAUUGCACAUCAACGUGGCGAUUAUUACAAAUUGUCGAUAAUAACAUUUUUCAUUUAUUCUUUUUAUUAUCUUCGAUAUAUAUCGUCCUUAUAAACUCCUGGGAAUUAGUAAUGUAAAAUCAUAAUAUAAAAUAAAAAUUUUAAUCUUUAAGCAUCA